CCCUAUAAACACAAAUAGUUCCGAAGUGUUUUUUUUUUUUAAUCUCUGUACUGCUAGCCUUUUCAUUUUUCUCUUUCACAUGAGAACCAAAAGAAUGGCAACCAUUUUUGUAGCUCCAAAUCCAGGCCUUAAACCCACCAAACUCGAAUCUCAAAACUUUGGAGUCGUCAAGGAAGAAAUCGAAGGUCUUAUCAAAGUUUACAAAGAUGGGUAUGUGGAAAGACCAGAGAUUGUUCCGUGCGUCUCCUCUGCUUUGCCUCCAGAGCUCGGUGUUAUAUCCAGAGACAUUGUCAUCGACAAGUCCAUUAACAUUUGGGCUCGUUUCUAUGUUCCAACCACAAGCCAGCAAAAAGUACUUGGGAAUUAUAAGCUUCCUUUGCUGGUAUAUUUCCAUGGAGGUGGAUUCUGUGUUGGUUCAGCAGCUUGGAGUUGCUACCAUGAAUUCCUAGCAAAGCUCGCUGCCAAAUCCAGCUGCUUAAUCAUGUCGGUGAAUUACCGUUUAGCUCCUGAGAAUCCACUUCCAGCAGCUUACGAAGACGGGUUCAAAGCCCUCUCGUGGUUGAAACAAACAGCUCUUUCAGUUAAUAAUAAUAACAAUUAUUCCCAUCAUCAAUGGUGGACACAACACUGCGAUUUCGAGAGGAUCGUCCUCGCCGGCGACAGUGCCGGAGCCAACAUAGCGUACAAUGUGGCCGCUAGGCUUUGUUUGGAGAUGAAGAGCUUGAGGCCUCUAUUGGUGAAAGGUUUGGUUUUGCUGCAGCCAUUUUUCGGUGGAGAGACGAGGACGGGUUCGGAGAAGUACUCGAUGGUUCAGCCGCAGCCGCCGCGGUCGUCGGCGCUGAGCCUGGCGGCUUCGGAUACUUAUUGGCGAUUGGCGCUGCCAGCCGGAGCAAACCGGGACCAUCCAUGGUGCAAACCUUUAGGGAAAGUAAUGGUGGUGGAGAAGGAGAAGGGUGGUGUUGGUAUUGGUGUAGGUGUGCCAAUGUUGGUUUGUGUAUCGGAGAUGGAUAUAUUGAGAGAUAGGAACUUGGAGUUUUGCAGUGAAAUGGGAAAAGCUGGUAGGCAUGUGGAGUUUGAGGUGUAUAGAGGUGUUGGACAUGCAUUUCAGGUUCUUUCCAAGUCUCAGAUCUCCCAAACUCGGUGUUAUGAAAUGGUGGGUCGUAUUAAGAACUUUGUUAGUCGAUGUUGAUGAUGAUGAUGAUAUUGAUAAUGAAUUUGUCUUAUGUGUGUGUAUAAAAAAUUAAAUCUUUUUUCUUUUCUUUUUGGUAAUGGAAUUAAAUCCCUUUUUGUUAAAAAGAAGUUCGUAAAUAGUUAUCAAAAGAAGACUGUAUUUGUCAUUAAAUCUUGGACCUUGUAUAUUAUUGUAGAAGCUAUAAGCUUUAAAAUAAUUAGCUAGUACUCUAUACAUCUUUUUUCUGGAAUUAUGGUUAGGCAACAUAGAUAAAUGUAACUGUAACCUAAAACAAUACGGUUGCAAUUUUUCCCUUUUUUUUUUUUUUCUUUUUUUCUUUUUUCUUUUUUUUCUGUUUUACUUUUUUUGUUCACUAUUUUUAUUUACCUAUGAUUAGUUAUUUAUCAAUUUUUUUCGGGAUUAUUUCAAAGACUUAAAAAAUUCUAAAUUUUAUUAUGUCAUUCUAGAAUUCUAAUAUAUUACUACACCAUACACUAUAUAGAUUACUAAUAUCGUACUGCUUUAAGCAAUUCAAACAUAUAUAUGUGUAUAAAUACGUAAUCAUAGGCAACUGCAUACAUCCCAAUCAAGAUUCCACGGUGUAAUUAUUUGUUUGUUCAUAUGAAAAAUAUUUUAUGCA